UAGAUCGAGAACUACGCCAUGGCGGAUAGUCUCGUGCUUGGGCUGACCAGGACGGCGGUGGAGGGGACGCUGAGCCGUGUCCAAACGGCCAUUGAUGUGGAGACAAAGCUCAAGGUGAAUGUGCAGAACGAUCUGGUGUUCAUCACCGGAGAGUUCCAGAUGAUGCAGUCCUUCCUCAACGUCGCCACCAGGGAGCGCGCCAAGAACGAUGUGGUGAGGACUUGGUUGCGCCAGCUUCGUGAGCUGGCCUUUGACGUGGAGGACGUCAUCGAGGUGGUUGUCCAUCUGGACAAGGACAAGUCGACAUGGUGGUGGCGCGUGUUGCCGUCUUGCAUGUCACCGCCACGGCCACUUGAUGAGGUGGCCAAAGAGAUCAAGCUUAUCAAGGAUAGGGUUGAGGCUGUGAGCCAGCGCAACACGCGCUACAACCUCAUCCUCGGUGGCUCUGAAACUUUCUCUAGGACGACAGUCGUUGUGUCGCCAUCCACCUCCGACGAUCUAUCGUCGCAUUUCCAGGCCAUACUCCAAAUGUGGCGAAAAGCAGGGAAGAUACGCAACAUUGGCAUCCGAGAAUUGAUCACCCGUGAAGAAGGAAGCACUGAUGACCUUCAAGUGAUCUCCUUGUUGGAGAAUGAUGACAACAAUCAUGAGAUGUCAUACAUCAUCAACGAAGCUUACCAUGACCCGAAAAUCUGCAGACGGUUCCAGCGUCGUGCCUGGGUGAAAAUCACUCGACCUUUCAAUCCGGACAAGUUAAUUAACACCUUGCUCACUCAGCUCCUGUUUAAAGUGGGAUCCUCUCAUCAGGCAACCAAAGAUAUUGCCAAAGCUACUGAAGUUUUACAGCAAGUGUCAAAGGAGCAAAGGUAUCUGCUUGUCGUGGAAGGAGUAUCCGACGUUCUGGAGUGGAACACAAUUAGGAAGUAUUUGCCGGAAAACAACAAUGGCAGUCGGAUUAUUGUGGUCACACCACAUAUGGGGAUUGGGAUCCUGUGCACGGGAAAGCCGUACCUUGUCUCGGUGCUCAAACAGUCUCCAUCUCUUUAUGCCUUCUACAAAAGGGUUGCAGGGAGUCGUUGUGACAUGGGCGAACUUUUAUGGCAAAUCAAGUGUGGUGGUUUGAUCUCCGUGGAGAGUUAUCAUACGAACAUUAAAGUCGUUGACAUCAAAAAUUUGUACUGCAACAUUAGGGCUGGGUGCGAAGAAUUCGAUGGUGUGAGAUUCAAGACUCACAGAUGGGUCCCCGUGGUCUAUCCAUUCAAUCUAAUCGACUUCUCACGGCGAUUGCUCGUGGAUGUUGGUGAUGAGUUCUACGACGGUGAUUUAAAGGAGUUAGCACACACUGGUAAUAAAUGGUGUUCUGGGGAGGAGGUUUACAGGGUGAUAAGCAUGGCAGACGUAGAUGUAAUUGAAUGUUGCCGCAAGCUUCUACAUGAAGAUGACUCGUACCUCCUCGUCAUCGAUGAUGUAACGACCAGAGCUUGGGAUUUGAUAAAAGAAACAUUCUUCUCUGAACCUAUAAAAGGUUGUGUUGUUGUCACGAGAUACACUGGAAUUUUGAGUCGGAAAUUUCUGAAGGGCAUCUUCUCUUCCAGACACGAGGAGGCACGUGCCUGGAUGAGCGAGAGCUUUGAUCCAGUAAGUGCUGCUAAAACAUGGGGAAAAUAUUGGAUAAUGCCUAUGUCUUUCCCUGCAGGCGUCGUGUCGGUGUGGGGUAUCCCUGGUGUUGGCAAAUCAACUUUCGCCAGAUGGAGUUACUAUAGUGACAUGCUUGCAAGAUCCUAUGAAGAAGAACAAUACUGCUGGGCGGAUGUGCCACAUCCAUUCUGCCUCACGGAGCUGUCUCGGCGUCUCCUCCUUGACUUCCAUUCCGAUGAUCUUCCAGCCAAGGAAGAUGUGGCGAUCAGUAUCAUGGAAGGGAAAGACCCAGUUCAAGUGUUUCGCCAGUUGCUACAUCCAUACAUCAAAUGCUUGAUAGUCCUUGAUGGCCUGCGGUCCACUGAUGAUUGGGACUCCUUGAAAGAGGCAUUUGGUUGGCACUCUUUUUACCAAAUCAGAAUCAUUGUUGUUACCGAUGAAUUAAGCGUGGCCAGGCAUUGCGUGGAUAAUAACCACAAAAAGGUGGUCAACGUGCAAGGCCUCGAUGAGGAUGAUGCUUUUCAUCUUUUCAUUAAAAAGAUUGGUUAUCCCGGGUAUGAUAAUCAAUUGAACGAAGAGGAGUUGCAACUUUCAAAACUCAUCGUGACCAAGUGUGGUGGGCUUCCCAAAGUAAUAGUUGCUGUAGCAGAAUACUGGAAGAAUAUAAUCUUACUACCAUUUGGCUUCGACAUAAAGAAAUUUCAUGAUACAUUUAUGUACACUGUGGAGAACGAUGUCAAAGGAUUCAAGAGUUUAAGGGGUUUAUUUUCUUGGAUGCAAUCCUACUUGGAAACUUGCAAGGAUUCGUUGAAGCCAUGUAUCUUCUAUCUACCAAUUUUCCCGAGAAACCAUACCUUCAGGCAGAAGCGUUUGCUGCGACGUUGGAUUGCAGAGGGUUACUCUAGGGACACAAUCAGUGGUACUGCAGAGGAGAAUGGAGAAAGGUUACUCUACGAGCUUGUUGACUUGAGCAUCAUCCAAAAGCCAUCUAGCAAGUCCCUGUGUCAAGUCAAUGGUUUAUUCCAUGAAUACAUAACCUCACGUCCAAUGGAAGAUAACCUUGUCCUAACAUUGGAGGGGCAUUGCAAAAUAAACUCACAACGAGUCGGACGACACCUUAGUAUGCAGAAAAGUUGGGAUAGAGACAUGACCGUGUUUGAGAGCAUUGAUUUCUCACGGUUACGGUCUUUUACAGUUUUUGGUGAGUGGAGUCCACUCUUUUUCUCUAAGCCAAUAACAAACAACAAGAUGAGGCUUGUUCGUGUCCUGGAUCUAGAAGACACGACAGGUCUCACAGAUGAUGACCUGGCGCACAUUGGGGAGCUGCUGCCCCUACUGAAGUUCCUCUCCCUUCGAGGGUGCCGGGAGAUUACCCAUCUACCAAAUUCUCUUGGUGUCUUGAGACAGCUUCAAACUUUGGAUGUCAGAUACACCUCCAUAGUCACACUCCCACCAGCUGUCAUUGUCAAGCUACGGAAGCUCCAGUAUGUUCGUGCUGGCACCAAGACUGCACAAUGGGAAGAAGGUGGCAUCAUGGUAACAUGCCAACCACAGCCAACUGAACAAGAAGAAGAGGAUACAUCAGCUGCUCCAGCACCAGUAGUAGCAACACAAGAUGCUCAUGGUGGUACCAAUACGCCACGGGAUGAAGGUGGCAUCAUGGUGCCUUGCCAGCCUCAGCCGACCGAACCAUCAGAAGUGGCUACAGAGGCCUCAGUGGCACAAGCACAAGAGGCUACUAAAACUUCUUCUGGAGUAGCGCCAAGAAACAUGUCUGGUGCAUAUCUACCAACCUUUUUAUCCAAGAUGUGUUGUAUUCCCAAAGUUGAUGGUGAUGACAUGGAUGGCUGCGUUGAGGUUCCUAUAGAGAUUGGGAACCUAACAACCAUGCAUACCCUUGGUGACAUCAAUGUUGGAGCUGGAAAAGGAAUCAUCAAGGAGUUGAAGAGACUUUCCCAACUUUGCAGGCUCAGGGUGUCCGGCAUCAACGUGGAUAACAUCCACGAGUUCUUUUCUGUCAUUUCUAGUCUCAACCACCUAGAAUACUUAACAGUGAGAGUGCAAUCUGUCAAGAACAUGCAGGACCAUUCAUUUGCUUGUGUGGAUGACACUACCUCGCCACCACCCAAGGCCCUCAAGAUCCUCAAGUUGUAUGGCCAUGUACGUAUAUUGUCAGAGAAUUGGGUCAAGCAACUUGACAAUAUCGAAAUGAUGGAUGUUGAGAUGAUCAUUCUUGCACAAGAGGAAAUGUACGUCUUUCGUGCAUUGCCAAGACAAAAUGUGUUUCGUCGUCUUUGUGUCAGGCCAAUUCAAGUUACUGAGCUCUGUUUUGGCAGGGGCAGAACAUAUUUUAUGUUGAAUACCAAGGUUCUCGAAAUUGAUUGCACCUCGGAGUUGAACGUAAUUUUUGAAAGACCAUCAACAGAAUAUCAAUUAGAGUUGCUUAAGGUUAACUGUUCCAAUAGGUCCAUCUUGCAAUUUUAUGAUAUGCACAAUCUAAGAAAGCUUAAGGAGGUGUGGCUAAAGGGUUCCUACAGCGAUGAAGUCAAGCAAAAUUUGUUGGAGCAACUUGAGGAGCAUACCGGCCGACCGAUCUUGAAGAUACUACAGUCGCGUGCAUCCUCAUCAGUGCAACUGAACUAACUAGAAUUAUUAUAUAUGCUACUUUUGAUGUAACAUAUGGAUGUUUACUUUUUUACUUAGUGUAUCUAGUUAGUGUGAAUAUUAAAAAUGUAUUCCCUUUC